AUGAGUGCCGAUAUCGCCCGUGCACGGAAGGAGCGUGAACUUGAACACGAACGACUUAUCGAAGCCUACCGCGAAAAGAUGCUCUUGUAUGAUGAUCUUACCACACUGCGCAAAGAGGGUCUAUCACAUACACAUAAAAAGGAAACUCGGGAAACAUGUACCCCGACGGCACAACCAAAAAUGAGGAAAACACUUACCAGUCGAAAACGAGGUGCCAGAAAAAAGGUGAGGAAGAAGCAAGCAGGCAAUGAAUCGAGUCAGUGGAAGGAAUUGAAACAGGGACUUCGCCUGUAA